AUGCACUCGACUCGCCAUGCUUUGCGUCAACGAGCGGUCCUCGUCACAGGAGCGAGGACGCCGUUUGUCAAGUCUUUUGGGACUCUGAUGAAGGCAGACACGUUGGAUCUGGGGAGCGCAUCCGUAGCCGGUCUCCUCAAGAAGACGUCGCUGGAUCCCAAAGAGAUUGACCACAUCGUGUGGGGCAACGUGGUGCUUCAAGGAAGCGCUCACAACUGCGCGCGCGAGAUAGUGAUUGACCUGAACAUGCCGAAGAAGAUUAUCGGCAAUCUCACAAGCAUGGCAUGUGCGAGUGGACUUAGCUCGCUCUCGCAGGCAUGCAUGCUGGUCGAGGGUGGGCAUGCUGAUGUCGUUAUUGCCGGUGGGAGCGACAGUGUGAGCAAUACAGAGGUCCCGCUGCCACGCCCCGUGACUUACGGGCUGAUGAUGGCGCAGAGGAAGGGCGUCAUGGGCUUCUUCAAGGAAGCGGGCUACAAUCCGCUCAAGUGGUUUCCAGGGGGCAUUGCGCUGACAGAGCGGAGCACUGGAAAGACCAUGGGGUGGCACGGGGAUCUCAUUGCGGAGCUCAACAGCAUCUCGCGCGAGGAUCAGGAGGCUCUGGCGGUGGCUUCACACGCUAAUGCCGCUCGGGCUGAAAAGGCGGGGUACUUCACUGAGGAAAUUGUCCCUGUCACGAUUGAUAAGAAAGGCAAGAAGACUGAGGUGACCCGCGACGACGUUAUGCAGCGCGACACUGAGAAGAUGAAAACCAAAAUGCCAAGCCUCAAGCCCGUUUUUCGAAAGGAGAGAGGAACCGUCACGGCCGCCACGUCAAGCACCUUGACAGAUGGAGGUAGCGCGAUGCUUGUCAUGUCUGAGGAGAAGGCGAAGAAGCUUGGAUACCCGACUGAUGUUUGUGUCAAGAGCUGGUACUUCUCCGGGAUCGACCCUUAUCCGCAGCUCCUUCUCGCACCUGUUCUGGGCUGGGGUCCAGCGCUGAAGAAGGCGGGUCUGACGCCGAAGGAUAUCGAUCUCUACGAGAUCCAUGAAGCCUUUGCAGCUCAGGUGCUCGCGACGAUCAAGUGCUUGAAGUCUCAGGAGUUCUUUGACCGAUACGCUAACGCCGCCAGCCCUGUUCUAACGGAGGACUUUGACCUGUCGAAGCUGAACGUGAAUGGUGGGUCCCUGGCGCUGGGUCACCCGUUCGCUGCAACUGGUGGUCGGAUUGUGACUUCCCUUGCCAACGAGCUGCGACGCUCCGGGAAGCGUCAUGGCCUUGUGAGUAUUUGCGCUGCUGGCGGUCUCGGCGGCGUUGCUAUUCUAGAGCACACUCCGAAGAAGUGA